UCUCAGCGCGAGGAGGUUCGGACACGCAGUGCGGUUUUUCGGAGCGGACGAAGUGAAGACGGAACCGAUGGAGAGGGAGAUGGAGAUGGAGGCGGCGGCGGAGAGACUGCAGCGAUCUCUCAACAUCGAUGGUGACGAGAAAGCACGCAGGUACCAACAGGAGGCUAAAGAAGCGGCCCAGCAGGGGGAUCUAGAACGUUCCCUGGAGCUUUUCCGUCUGGCGUAUAAGCUGCAGCCCAGCGCUAAGCUAAAGAACCGAAUCCAGCGACUGCAGGAAGCCAUGCAGGAACAGGAAGAGGAAGAAGAAGAGGAGGAGUUCAUCAACGUAAACGACAGCGGUCUAAAGCUGUUUAAGGAACUCUAUAAUAAACUGUACGACCAUCAGAAAGAGGGCGUGGCCUUCCUCUACAGCCUGCACAGGGAUGGGCGGCGGGGUGGCAUACUGGCAGACGAUAUGGGCCUCGGUAAAACCAUCCAGGUAGUUUCCUUCCUGUCAGGAAUGUACGAUGCUGAGCUGGCCAAGCACACGCUGCUGGUCAUGCCCACCUCGCUCAUUAAAAACUGGAUGCGGGAGUUCGCCAAGUGGACCCCGGGGAUGCGGGUGAAGGAAUUCCAUGGCACCAGCAAAACGGAAAGAAAACGGAAUCUGGAGAGGAUCCAGCAAAAGGGGGGAGCCAUCAUAACCACUUACCAAAUGGUCAUCAACAACUGGGAACAGCUGUCAAUGUUCCAGGAGCAGGAAUUCUGCUGGGAUUACGUCAUUUUGGACGAGGCACACAAGAUCAAAACCCCGUCCACCAAAACGGCAAAGUGCGCUCGUGCCAUCCCGGCCCGGCACCGCUUGCUUCUGACCGGCACGCCCGUCCAGAACAACUUGCAAGAAAUGUGGGCACUGUUUGAUUUCGCCUGCCAAGGUGCGCUGCUGGGCACUGCGAAAACAUUUAAGACGGAAUACGAAAACCCCAUCACUCGCGCCAGAGAGAAAGACUCUACGCCAGGAGAGAAAGCCCUGGGCCUUAAAAUCUCCCAAAACCUGAUGGAGCUCAUAAAGCCAUAUUUCCUUCGCCGGACGAAGGAUGAGGUGCAGCAGAAGAAGCGGAGCGCUAAAAGAGCUGAAGAGGAAGAAAAAGAGGAAACAGAGGAAAAAGAGGAUAAAGAGAACAGCUGUCCAAAUGUAGGUGAUCCAGCCGAAAUGCCCUCGCUGACCCGUAAGAACGAUUUAAUCAUCUGGACAUACCUGAGCCCAGUGCAGGAGGACAUUUAUAAACAGUUCAUUUCUCUGGAUCACAUCAAAGAGCUGCUGAUGACAACUCGCUCCCCGCUGGCCGAGCUGACCGUGCUAAAGAAGCUCUGUGACCAUCCUCGUCUGCUCUCCACUCGAGCCGUCACUCAGCUGGGCCUGGAGGAGGGGUCGGCCGCUGACCACGCCCUCCAGGAGGAUGAGAGCGAAUCCGCAGCCGGCCGUAUCGACCACAUCUCGGACGAGACUCUGCUGGAAGAAUCUGGAAAACUGCGCUUCCUCAUGUCUCUGCUGGAACGUCUCAGAGAGGAAAAUCACCGGACACUGGUGUUUUCUCAGUCCAGGAAGAUGCUGGACAUUAUUGAGCGUAUUCUGCGGAACCGGAACUUUCGAAUGCUGCGAGUGGACGGCACAGUGACCCAGCUGGCUGAGAGAGAGAGACGCAUUGCCCUUUUCCAGACAGACAGACGCUAUUCGGUCUUUCUUCUGACCACGCAGGUGGGCGGAGUCGGGAUUACGCUGACUGCUGCUAACAGGGUGGUGAUUUUUGACCCCAGCUGGAAUCCGGCGACGGACGCGCAGGCAGUGGACCGAGCAUACCGAAUUGGACAGACGGAAAACGUCGUCAUCUACCGGCUCAUCACCUGCGGCACUGUGGAGGAGAAAAUCUACCGCAGACAGGUGUUUAAAGACUCUCUGAUCCGGCAGACGACGGGCGAUAAGAAGAAUCCAUUCCGGUAUUUCAGUAAGCAGGAGCUGAAGGAGUUGUUUACGUUAGAGGAUGCCCACUCGUCCUCCACUCAGCUGCAGCUGCAGGCGCUUCACUCGCAGCAUCGCCGCUCUGACCCAGAACUGGACUCACACAUCACCGAGCUGCACCGUAUGGAAAUGUUCGGAAUCUCCGACCAUGACCUGCUGUUCUCUAAAGAGGCCGCGGCGAACGAGGACGACCUGCAGGAUGUCGAAUCCGACCGCUACAUCCUUACCCGCGUGCAGAAAGCACAGGAACUCGUCCAGGCCGAGUCCGAACUGCACGGCCAGCUGAUGGACAGCGUCGCUAACAGCACGGAACCGGCCUGGCUCAGGCUCGCAAAGCAGCGUGAGAUAGAGGAGUCCUCCAGGAAAAAGCGCACAGACAGAGAUCGUGGGAAAUGUACACACGAGUCCAGCCCCCCCUCUGUGGUGGACCUCACCCAGUCCUGCUCCGAUGAUCUGAAUGAACUUUCGUACGCUAAUGAGGUGGAGAUCAUCAGUGAAGAUGGAGAGAUGGAAGAUAAGAAUGAGAGGAUGAUUUCUGGAGGGGUCAUGGACUUAUCUGAUGGGGUCAGUUCUGCUGCUGCUGAAAACUUGAUGACCACUCCAGUGGAAGACAGUUUAAUCAUGGGGGAGGAGUCCUACAGGCCGCCCUCUGAGGAGCCGCCCUCUGAGGAGCCGCCCUCUGAGGAGAGUUCCUCGGCCAGCCUAUGCAAGCUGUCUCUGCAGAUGGAGGAUAAACACGAAGAUGUGGUGAAGGAAGAUCACAGAAACAGUCAGCUUUUCUCCCCACACAUUAAAUCUCCCAACCAAUCAGAUUCGUCUACAGCACUGCUGGAGGUGGAGCAAAAUACACCGCUGUGCGUGUCUGUGCUGGCCGAGUCGUUCCAGGGAAAAUUUAACUUGCAGCUGGAGGACAGUGCCGACAUGUUCUCGGGUCAGGAGGAGGAGGAGGAGGGUGGUGAAGAGGAGAUGGACCCAGCUGAAGAAGAGGAGAAGUUCCAGCUGCAGUUGGACAUCACUGGAGACAGGCUGGUCAGCAGAGAGGCCAGUGCCUGCGGUUUUCCCAAUAUGCCAAAGUCCACCAUGUCCACUCCUGCCGACGAGUCUUUUCUUCACCCGGUCAGGAAGAAAAAAGCUCAGGUCCUUUGCGACAGUGAGGAGGAGGAGGAGGAGGAGGAAGGGGAGGUAGAAAAACCAUGUUUAGCAAGUAGCCCAUUGUCUGGCAGCUUCAAAAGUCUUGGCUCUUCCACACCGAAGUCUGUGCCGAGAAACGGCGCCCCCAGCAGACGCAGUUUGAACACCUCAGUAGCUUCCCGACGCUCAUUCGUGGGGUCGCUGCUGGAAGAUCUGGAAGAGGAGGAGGAGGAGGAGGAGGAGGAUGACGUCAGUGAGGGGGCGGAGCUUAGUCAGGCGUCUGAAGCCAAUGGAACAUCUGUUGAGGAAUCUGUGGAAGAGGAGGAGGAGCCAAGCGGAGAAAUGCUAAAUUCAGAAAACAUGUGUGAGAGCGAGGGAGUGAGCCGAAGCGAGUACGAGAGUGAAGGGGAAGAGGAGGUUGAAGAGCAGAGCUAUUCAACAGAAGAGAUCUGAAACAGUGUCCUCCCAAACGUGCUUCCUAAGAAACACCACCAAUAAAACCCCACCAGGGGAAUCUUUUGAGACCCAGGUGCAUUCUGGGUAGUUUAGUCUGUCGGUGGGAAUAAUAUAUAUAUUGUUUUGGGAGAGGACUGUGGGUUAUUGGUAGAUUCAUAGAUUCUCGCCAAUG